UGUAUUCUACUACAUCAAAAUCAUUUAUAUAGCUUCACACCUAGUUUUUCAUCUCUUCAAACUAUAUACUUCAUCAAUUUCAUACAUAGUUUCAAAUCUCUCAAAACUGUAAUCCAUCAACUCACGCGGGUUUCUAUGCUUUCCUAGUUUCAAAGCUCUCCAAACUAUACUUUGUCAACGAACCAAUAAAAAAUAUUUCCUUUUUGAUUCAUCCCUGGAGUUGAAUACCUCAUUCAAGAAUUUCCGGCGGCGAUCGAGCUCUAUAUAUGUUUUAUUGUUAAGCUCUCUCUAGCGGGAAAAGGUCUGGUAAUUUGAGGCCAUGGCAGGAGCAGCUGGAGGAAGAUCUUUAGAAGAAACACCGACUUGGGCUGUUGCCGUGGUGUGUUUCAUUUUGGUUCUAAUAUCCAUUAUCAUCGAGCACAUCAUUCAUCUCAUAGGAAAGUGGUUGAAGAAAAAACAUAAAAGAGCUUUAUAUGAAGCACUAGAAAAGAUCAAAUCAGAGCUUAUGUUAUUGGGAUUUAUAUCCUUGCUUUUAACGGUAGGACAAAGUCCCAUUUCAAGUGUAUGUGUAUCCCAGAAAAUUGGAGCAACAUGGCAUCCAUGCAGUAAGAAGCAAGAAGAAGCUCAAACUAAUUCUGAAACCAAUAGCCGGAGGCUACUAACUGUAUCGGAUUCCGACAAAGGGUUUCGGCGCAUUUUAGCAGGCGCAGCCUCAUCUACAGAUAAAUGUGCAGCCAGGUCUAUGGUCCCAUUUGUGUCCAAAGAUGGUAUUCAUCAACUACACAUUUUUAUCUUCGUGUUGGCUGUAUUUCACGUCCUUUAUUGCGUUCUCACACUGGCUUUGGGUAGAGCCAAGAUGAGAAGUUGGAAGCAUUGGGAGACUGAAACAAGAACAGCUGAGUACCAGUACUCACACGACCCAGAGCGAUUCAGGUUUGCAAGGGACACAUCAUUUGGGAGAAGACACUUGAGCUUUUGGACCAAAACACCUGCUCUCAUGUGGAUAGUUUGUUUCUUCAGGCAGUUUGUCAGGUCGGUUCCUAAAGUUGAUUACUUGACCUUGAGACAUGGAUUUAUCGUGGCACAUUUGGCACCUCAAAGCCAUCAGAAAUUUAACUUCCAGAAAUAUAUCAAAAGAUCAUUGGAAGAGGAUUUCAAGGUUGUUGUGGGAAUCAGCCCUCCUAUCUGGUUUUUGGCAGUGCUAUUCUUGCUCUUUAACACUCAUGGCUGGAAAUCUUAUCUAUGGCUACCAUUUAUCCCAUUGAUUGUCAUACUAUUAGUUGGGACCAAGCUACAGGUGAUCAUAACCAAAAUGGCAUUGAGAAUUCAAGAGAGAGGAGAGGUUGUGAAGGGCACCCCAGUGGUUCAACUAGGUGAUGACCUCUUCUGGUUCAAUCGCCCUCGCCUCAUUCUCUACCUCAUUAACUUUGUUCUAUUUCAGAAUGCCUUUCAGCUUGCUUUCUUUGCAUGGGCUUGGUAUGAAUUUGGGUUGAAAUCAUGUUUCCACGAUAAGACAGAGGAUAUCAUCAUCAGAAUCUCAAUGGGGGUCCUCAUACAAAUUCUCUGCAGUUACGUUACUCUACCACUCUAUGCCCUCGUAACACAGAUGGGUUCAACCAUGAAACCAACUAUAUUCAAUGAAAGAGUAGCCUUGGCUUUACGCAACUGGCACCACUCAGCUAAGAAGCACCUAAGGGAGAACAAGGGGUCUGUAUCUGUAACACCUAUGUCUAGUAGACCAGCAACCCCAUCCCACCACAUGUCCCCGGUUCAUCUCUUGCGCAACUACAGGAGUGAAAUGGACAGCGUCCAAACUUCACCAAGAAAAUCCAAUUUUGACUUAGAGCAUUGGGAAACCGAGUCCCCCUCCCCAUCACACCGCCACCGGCCGACAGGCGAUGGCUCAUCCUCUUAUCACCACCACCAAAUGGACAAAAGUAACAUAGAGUUUGAUAAGAAUGUUAAUGAGGCCGUGACAUUGAGUCAACUGGCUCCAAUACCACAACCAGCUCGUGCACAACAUGAAAUUGAUAUCGGACUAAAAGACUUUUCAUUUGAUAAAAGAACAAGUGCUUGAAAGAAAGAAAUGAGUUUUCGCUACAUUGAAAUUGAUUGGAGAUAAUGUCGAUGAGGAAGAAGAGGGACAUGGAUGAUGCCAUGAUUGGAGUGAACGUACAGAUCGGGGAAUUGUUUUGAGUUGCAUCAUCUUGUAAUAUGCUUUUGAAAAAUUUGAAAUGAAAAAUAGAGAUACUGAUGUGUUCAAUUUUUCCA